AUGGAGACCCUUGGCCUGGAAACCCUCAACCUGGAGACCCUCAGCCUGGAGACCCUCGGCCAAGAGACCUUCGGGCUGAAAACCCUCGGUCUGAAAACCCUCGGCCUCAACACCUCAGGCACGAAGAUCCCCGGUGUCGGAGACCUUCGACCCUCUGUCUUCGGCCUGACGGUGUUCGGCCUGACGAUUUACGGACUAACGAUCUUUGGCCUAACGGUCGACGGCCUGACGGUCUACGGCGUGACGGUCUACGGCCUGAUGGUCUACAGCCUGAUGGUCUACGGCCUGAAAUUCUUCAGCCUGACGUUCUACGGCUUGACGGCCUGA